AUGACGGCGAUCAGCGUCGAUCCAGCUUGCUGCCUAACCGAGCCGACGAAGGCGUCGUCGCCGCAGAAGAUCUGCGCCGUCAGUGAGAAAUCGACCGCGCUUCUCAACGAUUCCGACAUCAAUAACAUCGUCGAGCGGAAACUUCGCUCGAAUAACUUCCGCGUUUUGCAAUGGAGUUUGGAUAGUAUGGGCGAGACGAAUGGCUUCUUGGGCUCGUACUACACGCUCGCCGUUACGGUGAAGAUCGGCGACAAAUCGAGGCAGUUGAAAUUCUUCGCGAAAACACCACCGCCGAUCAGAAGCCCCCAAUACGACUUCCUCAUACGUUCCGAUACGCUCAACAAGGAGAUGAUCGUCUACAGCGAAGUGAUGCCCAGGAUGGGCAUAGGUUCCUCUUCGAAAUGGUUGCCCGAUUUCUAUCUCGGCAAGAAAAGUAUCAUAAUCGUACUGGAAGACGCGACGCAGGAGGGCUACAUCAUGCCGGACAAAUACAUAGCGUUUGACGAAGACCACUGCAUCCUGGCGGCGAAAACACUUUCGUCGUUACACUCGAGGUCCUUGAUACUGGACGAGAAGCUCCGGCGUAGCACCGGUCAAACGAUGUUCGAUGUGUACGGACACGUGCUCGAGGAGGUGGCUUUCAUGAAGAACGACUUGGUAGGGAACAAAUACCUCUCCUCGUGCGUCGUCGGUGCAUGCACCAUGGUCGAUCUCGUGAAAGGGUUGAAAAACGAUGAGGCAACUGCGAUAAAGGAAUGGAUCCAGUCGAUGAUACCAAGGUUACCCGACCUCUUGGUACCGUCGAGCAAAUUCCGAAACGUGAUGUGCCAUCGCGACGUAUGGGCGAACAAUAUGAUGUUCAAAACGGACUCCGCGGGUAAACCGAUUGGAUGUUAUCUUGUGGAUUUCCAAUUUCUACGGUACAGCCCGCCGGCUUUGGAUUUCGUGAUUUGUUUCUUCUUAACCACUGAUCGUGCCACUAGACGCCGAUUGUACAACCGUCUGAUCGACGUUUACUACGACUCUAUGAGCAAAGAAUUAUCCUCAGAAGGUCUCGACGUGGAGGAAUGUUUACCACGUUCGCAAUUCGUCGAGAGUUGCCACGAAUUGAAGGAAAUCUCAUUGACAUACUCUAUCGCCAAUAUGCAAAUAAUGCUAUUGAACAAGGACGCAGUGGAAGAGUAUUUCAUAGGAAAUUGCGAAAAAUUAGAGGAGUACAUGUACGGUAAUAAACGGGCCGAUCUAGUCCUGGACCAGUGUCGCAAUGCGAGAACGUUUCAGAGUCGCAUCACGGAGAUAAUAGAGGAAAUUAGAGAAUUGUUGGCCACCGAUACGAGGAGGCGUUAG